AUGAAAACUGAAAUAAAAUUACAUUUUAAAUAGUAAAGAAAUCAAUUCACAAUUCACUCAGGGCUUAAAAAUUAAAAAUAAACAAUAUUUAUAUAAUUCAAAAUUUUUUCUGAUUUUUUGUACUGCAUUUUAAUUUACCAGAAUCUAAACUAUGACGACCCUCGAAGUGAAUUCAUUACCUAUUGACGGAAAUAGACUUUUUUCGACAUCAUUAUUUGCAGGUGCGGCAGCUGGUACUAUAGUUGAUGUUGCGCUAUUUCCUUUAGAUACAUUAAAAACUCGGUUACAAAGUCAAUAUGGAUUUAUUCCAUCGGGAGGUUUUAGAGGCAUUUAUAAAGGAUUAACACCAACCAUAGUUGGUGCUCCAUUGACAGCUGGAUUAUUUUUCGGGACUUACGAUGGUUUUAAAAAUUUAUUUCCAAAUGUUUCAAAUAACGUAGCCCCAAUUGUUCAUAUUUGUGCAGGGACUGCUGGUGAAGUGGUUUGUUGUGUGACUAAAGUACCUAUAGAAAUAGUGAAACAAAGACGUCAAGCAUCUCCUACUCAAGAAUCUAUUGUCAAAAUUAUUAAAAAAGCAUAUACAAGUGAAGGUAUUUGUGGAUUCUACCGUGGUUUUUGGACAACUGUUAUAAGAGACGUACCAUUCUCAAUGUUGCAACUUCCGCUUUGGGAGUAUUUAAAAAAAGAACUUAAAGUGUUCACUGGCCGUCCGCUAACUCCUUUGGAGGUGGCUUUAUGUGGUUCUAUUGCAGGUGGUGUAGCUGCAGCGUUAACUACACCUAUUGAUGUAACCAAGACUCAAAUAAUGUUAGCAAAUAAUGCCGAUGAACAAAAUUUGAAGAAUGUAUUCAUCAAAAUUUAUAAGACAAAAGGGUUGAAUGGGUUAUUUGCUGGUUUCCUACCGAGAGUUAUGUUUAUCAUGUUAGGUGGUGCACUCUUUUUUGGUUCAUACGAAAAAGCUUGUACAAUAAUAGAAAGUAAGAAAAAGAGAGACAAGUAUUUAUAGUUUUUUUAUGUUUAUAAAAAUAUAUAUUGUACUUAUUGUUUCGUUACCAGUAGAUGUUCAUAAAAAAAAAAAAUUAUAAU